AUGGUGAAAAACACUUACUCUGAUAAAAGUGGACAUAGGAAAGGAACAUGGACACCAGAGGAAGACAAGAAAUUGAUUGCUUAUAUUACCAGAUAUGGUCACUGGAAUUGGAACCUACUCCCCAAGUUUGCUGGUCUUGAGAGGUGUGGAAAAAGUUGCAGGCUAAGGUGGCUGAAUUACUUAAGGCCUAAUAUCAAAAGAGGGAACUACACUCAAGAAGAAGAUGAAACUAUUAUCAAGAUGGUCCAACGUCUCGGUAACAGAUGGUCUCUCAUUGCUGCUCAGCUGCCAGGAAGAACAGACAAUGAAAUAAAAAACUACUGGCACACCAAUCUCAAGAAGAAAUAUCAUCAACAGAAUGUUAAUGCUGAAACUGAAGUUUCCAAGUCAAAAGAUCAUCAAUCUCCAGAUGAAGCACUACCAAAGCCAAACAAUGUAGAUGAUGUUGCUUUCCAAAACCUUCCACCCACUUCUCAAUCCACCGAUUCAUGCACGACGUCAUCAAUAAUAAUAUCCCCAACCCAAUUCUCUAUAACCACCACAGGUCGUAGCUCUGAUGAUAGCAAAGAAAAGUUUGAUAUUCCUUAUGAGGAUGAGUUUGCUUUUGCAGAUGUUAUGAACGAAAGCUUCUGGUUGGAACCAUAUGUUGUUGACAUUUCGUGCUAUCCUAGUGAUGUAUUGGUGGCUGAACCGGAUUGCUUUAGCCCUGUGCCUGACGUAGAACUUUGGAGUCAUGAUCAUGAAUACUUUGCGUGAGGACUGAGGAGACACUGAACAGUAAACACAUGAAGAAUUUGGACAAAUCAAAAGUUCCAUUAAUUUCAAGCACGACA